AUGACGGGAGCCAUUGCGUUUUGUUCGAGUAUCUAUACCGCAGGAACCAGCCUCAUUACUGCCACCUUUGGAUGUUCGCAGACGGUAGCUACUCUCGGAGUGACGACCUUUCUCCUGGGGUUCGCCUCGGGGCCCCUCAUCUUUGCACCCUUGUCAGAAGUCUACGGACGCAACCCCAUCUUCCGGCUGACAUUGGGAUUGUUCGUGCUCUUUCAGAUUGGUUGUGCAUUAGCCCCAAACAUAGCUGCGCUGAUCAUCUUUCGAUUCUUGGCCGGCUUUUUCGGUUCUCCGACGGUCACAAACUCUGGCGGGUCUAUCACGGACCUUUGGCCGCAGAGUGAACGAUCAGUCCCGUUGGCUCUGUUUUCCGCUGGUAGCUUCCUAGGGCCUGUCUUUGCCCCUGUAGCCGGCGGGUUUGUCUCGGAAUACCUCUCUUGGAGAUGGAACUUUUGGCUGGUGCUUAUCCUGAGCGGGGUUAUCUACGUGACAUGCGUGCUCUUCCUUCCUGAGACAUACGCCCCCAAGCUUCUGCGGGAUAAGGCUCGACGUCAGGGAAUUGUCCAGACUGGUCCUUCUCUCCAAGAGCAGCUACGGACCUGCCUCAUCCGUCCCUGGCUAAUGCUCUUCGCGGAACCGAUCUUAUUCCUCCUCUCUCUCUACAUGGCCUUCAUUUACGGCAUCCUCUAUCUCGACUUCACGGCGUAUCCGAUUGUAUACAAACAGUCCCGCGGCUGGUCUUCAGGUAUCGCGGGCCUGUCCUUUCUCGGAAUGGGUACGGGCAUGGCCAUUGCGACCAUAGCCUCUCCCUAUGUAAACACUAUCCAUGGGAAAUACGUAACCAAACUUGGUCCUGUCCCAGAAGCCAGAUUACCCCACCUCAUCAUCCUGUCUUGGUUGAUCCCUGUCAGCCUUUUCUGGUUUGGUUGGACCGCCCUGCCUCCGAAGCAUUGGAUUGUAGGAAUCAUUUCCGGGGCUCCAUUUGGAUUCAGCCUGAUAUUGCUUUUUCUCAGCAUCACGUCUUACCUCACAGACUGCUACGGUCCGUAUGGCGCGAGUGCCCUUGCAGCCAAUGCAGUUUUCCGCUCCAUAUUCGGAGCUGUCUUCCCCCUCUUUGGAACAUAUCUGUACGAUGGACUUGGCGUGCCAUGGGGGUCUAGCCUGCUGGGUUUCUUUGCGCUAGCCUUCGCUCCUCUCCCGUGGGUAUUUUAUCGGUUUGGGCCUCGAAUUCGGAUGAAGAGCAAUGCUCCCCCAGUUGUUGACUUUGGUGACUUUCUGUCCGGCGAGCCAGAUCGGAUGCAGAAAUGUGCCCAGGCCAUUGGAGAAGCAUGUCGUACACAGGGGUUCUUUCAAAUCAUUAACCAUCCCAUCCCCGCCAGCCUCCAAAAGGAGAUGAUGAGGCUCUCCAAAGAGUUCUUCGCGCUUCCUCUCGAGGAGAAGAUGAAGCUCGACAAAUCCCAGAACCAGCACAACCGAGGCUACGAGGUUAUGUAUGGCCAGAUGAUCGAGAACCACACAAAGCCGGACCUUAAAGAAGGCUUCUAUGUGGCCCAGGACCUUCCCAUGGAUCAUCCGCAGGUGCUGUCCCACAAGUUUGCCCAUGGCCCUAACCUCUGGCCUGAGUCCAUGGGUCCGCAUUUCCGCGACACCUGCAUGGACUAUCUGAACCGCAUCACAGCCCUGACCGAGCAGGUGAUGCAAGCCAUUGCCAUGUCUCUGGGGUACGACCAACAUUACUUCGACGAGUUCUGUACCGACCCCAUGGCCUUCUAUAAGCUAUUGCACUACCCCCCUCAAGCCGAGGACUCGCAUCCACUGCAGCGCGGAAUUGGCGCUCAUCGAGACUUUGGUGUCAUCACUUUGUUGCUUCAGGGUGAUGUUCCAGGUCUGGAGGUGUGGGAUGAGGAAGCACAGGAGUACUAUCCGGCUCCGCCUGUUGAGGGUGCCUAUGUUGUCAACCUAGGCAAUCUGUUUGAGCGCUGGUCUAACGACGUCUACAUUUCAAACGUUCAUCGCGUGAUCAACCACUCCGGCACGGAUCGGUACUCCAUUCCCUUUAACUAUAACGGCAACCCGGACUUUGUUAUUCGUUGCAUUGAAUCGUGCCGUACUAAGCCGGAGGAUGAGAAGUAUGCUCCCAUUUCUGUGGAUGAUUAUGUGAGACAGAAGUAUAAGGAUGUUUAUAACCGGGUCGGUAUCUACAAAGUGGCCGAGAGGGCGGCAUAG